AAUAUAAAUGUAAAUGUUAAAUCUAAAUAUAAAUGUUAAAUCUAAAUGUUAAAUCUAAAUCUAAAUAUUACAUGUAAAUGUUGAAUCUAAAUCUAAAUCUAAAUGUUAAAUCUAAAUGUUAAAUCUAAAUCUAAAUCUAAAUGUUGAAUCUAAAUGUUUCGGGUGAAACUAAAUAUUUAACUAAUAUGCAAAUUAAAAAUGCCGACAACCGGAAGUGCCAAAAUAAAAGCUCGAGGAGGUAAGUGUGUUUUUAUAGCAUCGUGUCAAAUAAGAAACGAAUAAAAACCAUCUCAUCCCAGGAAACUGACUCUUGGACAUGGUUUAUCGUAAUAAUAACUACCUAAAAUAAUAAACACGUUUGGAGAAACUGUAUUUGAAGAGAAGAUUAGUGUCAUUUUAAUGAAAAGUGCGGGACUUAUGAUGACCUGUAGCCAUAAUAGCCAGCCACAAGGGGUCUCACUUUGACUGAAUGUUAUGUCCUUCACACAGUCUGUGGUCCUCACUCAUCAUGCUCAUCGUCACGCUGUCAUCACUCUCUGUCGUGUUCGCAUGCUAAAAGCCUAUAUCACCUCCCGCCCCUGACCAGGUACGGUAACUGUUCACGUUACUGUCGUUCAAAAUGUCCAACGAAUCGGCGUUAGCCGAGAGCAUCGGCAGAGCCGUCCUGGCGGCUAUUCAAAAUGUUUCAACAAUGACAACAACCGCCUCGGGGCCACCACAGGCCACCUCAGCUCCCACCACUUACAAUUACACACCGGGGCCAGCCACACCCACCACCUCCACUGGGACAUCAUACCGCUCGGGCUCCAGCACCAGCGCUACCACACCUUUACCAGCAACAGACUUCGCUCCAGUGAUCUGUCUGUCAAAUGACUACCAAGGAAGACAUCAGAUUUCCAAAGAGGAGCUUGAACAUGUUCUUUCACUGAAAACCACCUUUACCGAAGCGGCAUCUAUUCUUUCAAUCUCAAGGCCAACUUUCUACAAGUUACUGCAAGACUAUAAUAUCCCAACAUCAAAAUUUAAGAGCAUCAGUGAUCAACAGUUGGAUCUUGAAGUGUCACAAAUAAAAACUCAACACCCAAAUGUUGGAGAAGUGAUGCUUAUGGGGCAUCUCCGUUCCAAAAACAUUGUGGUCCAAAGACAACGUGUAAGAGAUUCACUGCGAAGGAUGGACCCAAUUGGUGUCCUAGCCAGGAGAACAACAGCAAUAGCUCGCCGAGUAUACUCUGUCCCACAUCCAAAUUUCAUAUGGCAUGUAGAUGGAAAUCAUAAAUUGAUUAGGUGGAAAUUGGUUGUUCAUGGUGCCAUAGACGGCUACAGUAGGAUGCUGAUGUUUCUUCACUGCUCCAACAAUAAUCGUGCUGAAACUGUAAGAGACCUCUUUACUGCAGCUGUUGGACAGUUUGGCAGACCACUGCACAUCAGGACUGAUCACGGAGGAGAGAACGUUCAGAUUUGGGAGGACAUGCAUGUGAGCAGGGGGGAAGGCUCUGUCUUAACAGGAAGUUCUGUACACAACCAGAGGAUUGAGCGUUUUAACCGAGACUUGAACAAAAACUGCAGCCAUAUUUAUGCACCCAUUUUUUAUGAACUGGAAUCCCUGGGUAUCCUAGACAUAGACAAUGCAACAGACCUAUUUUGUCUCCAUUAUGUCUUUCUACCCAGAAUCAACCACACUUUGGAAGAAUUCAAAGCUGGAUUUAACAAUCACUCUAUAUCAUCUGAAGGAAAUAGAACACCAGUUCAGCUUUUUACUCUGGACAAUGAUUUGCCUCAUUUUCACAACCCAGAACUCUCAACAGCAGGGUUAGUUUUUUGUUCCUCACCAAACUCUCAAAGAGGAUUUUCCCCAUUGAAUGACAGGGAUUUGCAAGAACUGAAUGAUGCCAUUAACCCUCUUCAAAAUGACAACAACAAUGGCAAAACAUUGUUUCAGAGAACACAACAGUUUAUUUUUGAGAAACUUGUAAAUGUGUGAUCUCAGCAUGACAUGGACAACUGGGUAGCAUUAGCCUUAUUGUACUUUCAAAAGUACACUGUGAAACAAAUACUGAUGUUUUGUUGUGCUUCUUUAACUACAAGAUUAACAGCCUCUUGCCAGCAUAUAGAUUUUUGAAAAUUACAUGAUGGAACAUAAAUGAUGUCAGUGUUAAAAAGGCUACAGACGUACUUUUGCAUCUGUUAGUUUUCUGUCAAGUCCAAAGCAAUGGUAGUGUGGAUAAAUACAAGAUGACUCAUGUUAUGUGAAAGAACAGUAAAAUACUUUUCAGGGCUCUACAGAUGUAUUGAUGCAUAACUGUCUUCCACUACAUUGUUCCUGAUUUUAAAGUACCUAAAUAUGCAAAGUAAAAGUACUCCGUGAAGUAAAA